CCGAUUUCGUAGUGUCUAUACCGUCUUAAGAACACCAAGGUUUGGUACCAUUUACGUAUACGUAGUUCAUCUAGAUGUAUGCAUAGACGUAUCUCCGACUAUAGUGAGCUAGGUUAAAUUGUACAAUCGAAUGUGCUGCAUUGCAGGACGAUUUGGCGGACAUCUGCUUCGUUGAAUUCCCAAGACUCUACGUGGAAUACAAUUUCCCUGCCGUGUAAAAUCUACUGGAAUCGUUAAAUAUUUUGAUUUUGUAUCGAUCUCGCCAGUUUAUGUUGUCAGCGACAUUGGUCUGUUGUAGUUUUUUUUUCGCGCUGUAGCCAAUACGGCUUGGAACUGAAUCUCUGUUACAUGAUCUUCUUCUUCGGGUCAUCAUUUUUACUUGCACCAUAUAAUACUUUGGCCCAUAUUCGCACAAGCCGUCCACCGUCGGAGGCAUAACCCUUGUCUAGAUGCUGAACAGGCUUUGACCAGUAGCAGAAUAGAAGUAGAAGUAGAACUUAGAAGUUACAUCUGCCUCGACCUUCAGAUUUGAAGAUUCUUGCAGAUUGCUGACUCAGUGUGUGUGGGAAUAGCUGGGUUCGGGUGCACCGUGCAUAGAAGACGCCGCACCGACAGAAGCAGUACACCCAAGAAAGGGCCAACAAAUAUGAGAGGUUGCCGAAAUCGAAGAGUGAUGAACCUGAACUUAUCACGAAAGAAGUCAGUGGCCUUGUUGAUCGUGAUAGUGCAUUUACUAAUCGUACUUUUUGGAAAAUGGGAACAGCAUGUACGUAUUUUUCCUUUUCCAGUCCUAGAGCAAAAAUCGAAACCACCGACUCAACAAGUAAUGCAAUGCAAUGACACCUACAGUACCAAAUUGAUGCCAGCGGGAACGUUCCCGCUCGUAGCUCUUGCAAGUUUUCCCGGCUCGGGAAACGAGUGGGUGAGGAACAUGAUCGAAAGAGCCACUGGCUAUGCGACAGGUAGUGUCUACCACAUCCAGAGCUAUGAAAAAGAUUUCAUCGGAGAAAUGCAAAAUAUUGCAGCAGGCGAGACAAUAGUCUCCCAGAUGCACGACUAUUGGCUGGGAUACACGAACAAAAGAGAUGGCCAAAUAUCCAUCGAGAAAGCCAUCUUGAUCAUGCGUAACCCCUACCAAGCAAUGAUAGAUGAGUUUAUUCGUUUGGGAUUCGGGAAGAAAGGCAUUGUCGACGAGAACAGGUUCCGGAGCGAAGCCUGGUCCGUGUUUGUGUCUGAGACUUUCAAGUCCAAACGUUGGCUGGAACUACCUCGAACUCUGUUUGAUAUAUGCAAUCAUGACGGCGCCGAUUCCCUUUGCAGGUCCAUUCUUAUUGUAUACUAUGACAAUUUGGAAAACAAAUUGGACGAUGAGCUGCGCCGAAUUAUGAAGUUCCUCGAUGUUGAUGUUGAUGAGCAUCGUUUAUCCUGUUCAGUGGCAUCCGCAGAUGCCUCUCCACAUCGACCACACCCACCGAAUCUGUCUUUUGAUCCUUUCACCAAAGAGCACCAUGAAAGGCUGGAUGAAGAUUUAAAGACUUUUCAUCAAUGGCUAGAAGUAGAAGGACUCGCUCAGUCCCCUCCCACAUUUUAGCCUCAAGGUCCUAAGGUGAUUUAGGUGAACUUCCUUUUUCCUCACAUUGGUGUAGAAAGGAAUCAAGGAGAAAUCCAACCUUAGUAGCGAGUCGCUCUAAUAGAAAGCAGAAAAUCACAGGCGCAGAUUGGUGAUAGUUUCAACUAAAUCUAACCAACAAACCAUGGAAGAUCACGAGUUUAUAACUACUAUGUUCAUGUGGGAAAUUAAAGUAGGCUGAUUUGGUAAUGUGACUUUGAUGAAGUGCCGGGCAACUAUAUGACUCCAUUAGACACAAAUUCUAAGAUGCCAUUUUUUAUUAAAAAAUGAAUGAAUGAUUUAACUCGGGGGAUCUUAUCUGCUCUUUUGGAGGACCUAUAAUAUGCUAUUCAAUAGCGCCCCAAGCGAGAAGGUGUUUAAUAGAAAACUAAACCCUCUUUUGUUAUUUGUUGUUGUUUUUAUAUGUUUGAUUUGUUGAAAGUAACCUACCAAUGUGUAGUAGAAUGGUGGGAAGAAGAUCAAUGUCCUAAAAAAAAUAGCGUUUCAAAGCAAAAUAAAAUCGUCUUUUAUCAGUUUCUAUUUAUUGAUAAUAAUUAUAACA